UUAGGUUAUGAUGUUAACCCCUCCAAUUAAUUAUUUAUAAAUAAUUGGUGAUUCAUAUAUAUAAAUUACUUUCCAGUAUUGUAAAAAUCUUUUGAUAAUCGAAAAUCCUCGAUAAUGUUUUCUAGUGGACCUAAUUACACAAAGUUAAAGACGAACUUACGUCUUGCAAUGGCAAGAUUGAAAUUACUUGAGAAAAAGAAAGCUGAACUUGCGGAAAAGUCCAGAAGAGAAAUCGCUGCUUUCAUUAAGGAUGGUAAAAUAGAAAGGGCGAAAAUAAGGGUAGAAUAUAUAAUUAGGGAAGACUAUCUUGUGGAGGCAAUGGAAAUAGUAGAAAUGUAUUGUGAUCUAUUGUUAGCUAGAUUUGGACUUAUAACUAAUAUGAAGGAUUUGGAUGAUGGUAUUUCUGAAGCAGUAUCCAGUUUAAUAUGGGUCGCUCCAAGGUUACAAUCUGAUUGUAACGAAUUGAAAGUUAUAUCAGAUUUAUUCACUGCUAAAUAUGGUAUAAAUUAUGCAGAUGGAUGCAGGGCUGAAUCAAUACAAACAGUCAACGAUCGUUUGAAACAUAAAUUGGCAAUUCAUAGCCCACCGAAGUUAUUAGUUGAAAAAUAUAUGAUUGAAAUUGCGAAGAGUUUUAACAUUCCUUAUGAGCCAGAUCCACAAAUUAUGGAAAUGGAUAAGGCUAAGGAUGCCAUGCUUAUUGAUCUUUCUGAUAAGAAUAACUUGGGUGGAGGUGGAAUGCCCCAUCCUCCAGGUUUCUUGGGCUACCCUCAACCUCCAGCUUUUCCUGAUUUUCCAGCAGUACCAUUUGAAUACCCUGGUGCUAAAGCUCCUUCAGAGGGGCCCCCAACAGCGCCACCUCCAGCAUUUUCAUAUAAUAUUCCUCCAUCUGAUGAGAAUAAGGAAUUUAAUACAGAUUUUAUGGAUAGCUUACCUUCUUACAACAAUUUGUUUCCUGGCAUGAGUAAGGCAGAGGACAACGCGAGUAAUGGCAACUUGUCCAAUAAUUUGGAGAACGUCAAUGAAACGCCUAAACCACUGCCUAGAACGAAACUUGAUGAUCAGAAGAAUUUCGACAUGCCGGAGUUGCCUUCAGUUCCGUCUGAUUCCAGUAAAACAGAUGAUAUUGAUUUUGACGACUUGAACAGAAGAUUCGAAGCACUGAAGAAAAAAUGAAGAAGGCAUUUUAUUCAGCUUUUAUUGAAGAGAAUUAUUAAAAAUAUUUAAUUAUUUGCUUCCAGACUAUCAAUGCAGUUCAUCCUAUAUGUAUAUGAAGUAUAUAUUAUAAUAUUAUAUGAAAUUUAUAACUUAAUCUAAGAAUUAAGACAGUAUAAUAGGUAGUUGAACACUAAAGAAAGAUUUUGUUUAAUAUUUUUUGUAAUUAUGAAAGAAAUAGUAAAGGUAUCAAGUGUAUCGAAUAUUAAGUAGUUAUUUUUCUAUUAAUAAAAUUGUUGUUUUCA